AUGACUUCAUCUGUAUCAUGUGCGCUCUUUCUAUUGGCAUCAAUCGUUUUUCCGUUGUCUUUUGCGUUAUCGGGGGAAUAUUGUCACGGCUGGACGGACUCCUUCAACUCUUGGCACCGCGGAUUCCAGUGUCCGGAGCGCUUUGACGGUGAGGACGCGCGCUACUGCUGCGGGACAUGCGCGCUCAGGUACUGCUGUACGUACGCGGAGGCGCGUCUCGAUCAGAGCACCUGCGACACGGGCUCCGAAUCUGAGAACACGGAUGACAAGAGAAAGUUGACAGAAAGUGUUCCAACCUAUCUGCCCUUUGUGAUUGUGGUGAGCGCGUUCCUGUCCUUCGUUCUGGUUGGUGCGGUUGUAUCUGUCUGCUGCUGCCAGUGUGUGAAACCCAAAGCAAGCAAUCGGCCAACAGGGCCAUCCGUUGCUCAGACCAGCCUGUUGGAAUCUGGAGGACCCUCUGUGGACAGCUCCACUACGUCCCGCACCUCCAUGUCAGGCUCCUCUAUGACAAACACUCGCCCUCCACCAUCCGAGCUCAGCGUGAACCUCUACGGCCCGAUGGGAAAUGCGUUCUCAACCUCUCAGUCCCAGCAGUAUGUUCCUCCACUCCCACAGGGGGCACCACAGUUCUACCAGCCCUACAUGAAUUAUGGUCUCCCCCCAGAACACAGCAUGCUGAUGGCCCCUUUUCCUCAGGCCCCCAUGCACACAGAGCCCAUCUAUCCCACUGUCAUAUGAUAAUGUUUAUAAAACUACAAAUGGACUAUAAAACUGUGUGGAACUACACAAGGAAUAAGAAUGUCCCAGGGAUACUUUAUUUUUGCUGCCUUGGAUGGCUUCCACUAACAUUUUCUGUAU